GGAUCCCGACCCCGGCUUUCCCCAUCCCGGCUUUCCCCAUCCCGGCCAUGCUCCGCUGCCUGCUCCAAAGGGCUUCCCAACUUCCCAGCCUGGAAAAGCGGGAUAAACAAAGCGAUCCCGUGGCCAGCCUGACAUUCCGAGGUGUCAAGAAGAGGACAAAGGUCAUCAAGAACAACGGGAAUCCUGUCUGGAAUGAGGGAUUCGAGUGGGAUCUGAAGGGAAUCCCUCUGGAUCCCGAUGCCGAGCUCACCGUGGUGGUCAAGGACCAUGAAACCGUGGGGAGAAACAGGUUUUUGGGAGAAUCCCGGGUGCCGCUCCGGGAUGUUCUGGGCACUCCCAGCCUGGCGGCCUCGUUCAACCUCCCCCUGCUGGACUCGCGCAAGGAGAGCACCGGGGCCUCCCUGUUCCUGCAGGUGUCCUACAUCCCCCCUCCGGGCGCUAUCCCGCUUUUCCCUCCUCCGGCCCCUCCGGAGCCGGCCCCGACUGCAGCCGAGCUGGACACGGUCACCGAGACGGCCGGAGAGGAGGACACGGAAGAUCCAGAGGCCACGGGGGACACGGAGCCCUCGGCAUCCUCAGGAGCACCGGGCUCGGAGCCGCCUUCGCUCCCAAGGAAACCGUCCGGGAAUCACAUCCAGGGGGUGAAGAGGAGGAGGAGGAGCUCUCCCAAAAAGCCUUUAUCCAACAAACCGCAGGAUUUCCAGAUCCGGGUGAGGGUCAUCGAGGCCCGGCAGCUUCCCGGGAUCCAGAUCCGGCCGGUGGUGAAGGUGACGGUGGCCGGACAAACACGGAGAACGCGGAUCCGGAAAGGGAACAGCCCCUUCUUUGAUGAGACUUUUUUCUUCAACGUCUUUGAGUCGCCAUCGGAGCUGUUCGAUGCUCCCAUUUUCCUCACGGUCGUGGAUUCUCGGUCGUUCCGCACGGAUUCGGUGAUCGGGGAAUUCCGGAUGGAUGUGGAGACCGUUUACUCCGAGCCAAAACACGCUUUCCGCAGGAAGUGGCUGCUCCUCUCGGAUCCGGAGGAUUUUUCUGCGGGAGCCAAGGGCUACUUGAAGGUCAGCGCCUGCGUGCUGGGGCCUGGAGACGAAGCUCCUCUGGAGAAGAAGGAGGUGUCCGAGGACAAGGAGGACAUCGAGGCCAACCUGCUGCGCCCCACCGGGGUCACCCUCAGGGGCGCCCAGUUCUGCCUCAAGAUCUACAAAGCUGAGGAUUUGCCCCAGAUGGAUGACGCCGUCAUGGACAACGUCCGGCAGAUCUUUGGCUUCGAGAGCAACAAGAAGAACCUGGUGGAUCCCUUUGUGGAAGUCAGCUUUGCCGGGAAAACACUCUGCUCCCGAAUCCUGGAGAAAAACGCCAACCCCCAGUGGAACCAGUGCCUGACGCUGCCGGCUAUGUUCCCUUCCAUGUGCGAGCGGAUGAGGAUCCGUGUGACCGACUGGGACCGCCUGACGCACAACGACGUCGUCGGCACCGCUUUCCUCGGAAUGUCCAAGAUUUCGGCCCCCGGCGGGGAGCUGGAGGAUGAGUUUCCUGCUCCUGUGAAGCCUCUGAAACCCUCGGACCUGGAUGACGGGCUGGGAUUCCUGCCGACCUUCGGGCCCUGCUACAUCAACCUGUACGGCAGCCCCCGGGAAUUCACCGGAUUUCCCGAUCCCUACGAGACGCUCAAUUUGGGAAAGGGCGAGGGGGUUGCGUAUCGGGGACGGAUCCUGGUGGAGCUGGAGACCAAACUGGUGGAGCACAUGGAGCAGAAGGUGGAGGAGAUUCCUGCUGAUGACAUCCUGAGGGUGGAGAAAUACCUGCGCCGACGGAAAUAUUCCCUCUUCGCCGCCUUCUACUCGGCCACGAUGCUCCAGGGCGUGGAUGGCGCCGUCCAGUUCGAGGUCAGCAUUGGGAAUUACGGCAACAAGUUCGACACCACCUGCCUGCCCCUGGCCUCCACCACCCAGUACAGCGGGGCUGUCUUCGAUGGCUGUCACUACUAUUACCUGCCCUGGGGGAACGUGAAGCCCGUGGUGGUGCUCUCCUCCUACUGGGAGGACAUCAGCCACCGCAUGGACGCCCAGAACCUGCUGCUCCACGGGGCCGAGCAGCUGGAAGCCAACCUGGAGAAGAUCCAUGUGGCCCUGAAAUCCAACCGCUCUCCGGUCGAGCUGGAGGCCCUGGGGUCCCAACUGCUCAAUGACGUCAUUGCCGACUGCAGCCUGAAGCUUCCCGAUGUCCUGGGGAGGGCAUCCAGCACCCACCUGGAUCAGAACCUGUUCCGCUUCCGGAGCACCCACCUGGAGCAGAUCCUCAAGGUGGCCCUGAGGCUCAAGCAUGAGAAUUCCGGCCUUUCCCAAAUCCUGGAUCAGGCGGAGGAUUGGCUGUGCCGGCUCCGGGCCAUGGCGGAGGAGCCCCAGAACAGCCUCCCGGACAUCAUCAUCUGGAUGCUCCAGGGGUACAAACGUGUGGCCUUCGCCCGCAUCCCGGCCCACCAGGUCCUGUAUUCCCGGAACAUUCCCAACUGCUGCGGCCGGAACUGCGGGAAGCUCCAGACCAUCUUUCUCAAGUACCCGCAGGAGGAGACGAUGGGGCCGCGGAUCCCGGCGCAGAUCCGGGUGCGGCUCUGGUUCGGAUUGGCUGUGGAUGAGAAGGAGUUCAACCAAUUCGCCGAGGGAAAACUCUCCGUCUUCGCCGAAACUUAUGAGAACCAGACCAAGCUGGCGCUGGUGGGGAACUGGGGCACCACCGGCCUCACUUAUCCCAAAUAUUCCGACGUCACCGGCCGGAUCAAGCUUCCCAAGGACAGCUUCCGGCCUUCCGCGGGAUGGACCUGGGCUGGGGAUUGGUUCAUCUGCCCAGAAAAGACGCUGUUGCACGAUGUGGAUGCUGGGCACCUGAGCUUCGUGGAGGAGGUGUUUGAGAACCAGGUCCGGCUUCCCGGAGGGCAGUGGAUCCACAUGACCGAUUCCUACACGGACGUGAAUGGGGAGAAGGUCCUGCCCAAGGAUGAGAUCGAGUGUCCUCCAGGCUGGAAGUGGGAAGAUGUGGAAUGGGACACGGAUCUCAACAGGGCUGUGGAUGAGAAAGGCUGGGAAUACGGGAUCACGAUCCCGCCGGAGCGCAAGCCCAAGGCCUGGGUGCCGGCGGAGAAGAUGUUCCACACCAACCGGCGCCGGCGCUGGGUGCGGCUCCGCCGGCGCGACCUGGAGCACAUGGAAGCCGUGAGAAAGCAUAAGCAGGAGGAACUGGACGGGGAUGGUUGGGAAUACGCUUCCCUCUUCGGCUGGCGCUUCCACCUCCAGCAGCGCCGCUCUGACGCCUUCCGCCGGCGCCGCUGGAGACGCCGGAUGGAGCCUCUGGAACGCACCGGCCCCGCCGCUGUCUUUGCCUUGGAAGGGGCUCUGGGAGGAGUGACUGAUGACAAGAGCGACGACGGAAAAUCUGAUGGAAAAUCCGCAUCCACCCUGAGUUUUGGAGUCAACAGACCCACGAUCUCCUGCAUUUUUGACUCUGGGAACAGAUUCCACCUGCGCUGUUACCUGUACCAGGCACGGGAUCUCAUUGCCAUGGACAAGGACAGCUUCUCUGAUCCCUACGCCAUCGUGUCCUUCCUGCACCAGAGCCAGAAGACGGUGGUGGAGAAGAACACCCUGAAUCCCACCUGGGAUCAGACCCUGAUCUUCUACGAGAUCGAGAUUUUCGGGAAUUCUCAGGAUGUGGCCGAGUCCCCUCCCAACAUCCUGGUGGAAAUCUACGACCAUGACACCUAUGGUGCGGAUGAAUUCAUGGGACGCUGCAUCUGCCGGCCCAGCCUGGAGCGCUCGCCCCGGCUCUCCUGGUAUCCCGUCCUCAAAUCUGGCCGGAAUGUCGGGGAGCUCCUGGCCGCCUUCGAGCUGAUCCAGAGGGAAAAGCCGGCUGUUCAUCACAUCCCUGGAUUUGAGAGCGAGCUCUCCUCCAGUCUGGAUGAGCUCUGCAUCCCUGCCUUGUUCUCGGAGGGGCUCCUCCAAUGGUCCGCGGAUUCCGACCUUCCCUACCCGCCGCCGCAGCGGGAGCCCAAUGUUUACAUGGUCCCGCAGGGAAUCAAACCUGUCCUGCAGCGCACGGCCAUCGAGAUCCUGGCCUGGGGGCUGAGGAACCUCAAGAGCUUCCAGCUGGCCAGCGUGACCUCGCCCAGCCUGUUGGUGGAGUGCGGCGGGCAGCGUGUCCAGUCCGGCGUCAUCAAGAACGUCAAGAAGAACCCCAACUUCGAUGUCUGCGUGCUCUUCAUGGAAGUGCGUCUGCCCAAGGAGAGCCUCUACAGCCCCCCCAUCAUCCUGAAGAUCAUCGACAACCGCCCCUUUGGCCGGAGACCCGUGGUGGGACAGUGCACCAUCCGCUCCCUCCAGGAAUUCUACUGGGAUCCCUCCCAGCAGGACACGGGGGCGCCCCAGGAGCAGCCAGAUGACAUCAGCCUCACGCCCAGGGACGACGUCCUCAUCGACAUCGAUGACAAAGAGCCCCUGAUCCCCAUCCAGCUUCCUGAGGGUUUGACGAGCUCAGCACUAAUUAACAUCCCGGAUUCCCGGGCCCUGCCUCAUGAGGAGGAAUUCAUCGACUGGUGGAGCAAAUUUUACGCUUCCACGGGAGAGAGGGAAAAAUGUGGAUAUUACUUGGAAAAGGGAUUUGACACCUUGAAGGUCUAUGAGACGGAGCUGGAAAACGUUGAGGAAUUUGAGCAUCUCUCCGACUUCUGCCACACCUUCAAACUGUUCCGGGGGAGAUCCCAGGAUUCCAGUGAUGACCCCUCGGUGGUGGGGGAAUUCAAGGGUUCCUUCAGGAUUUACCCUCUUCCCGACGAUCCGCGCGUUCCAAUGCCUCCUCGGCAAUUCCAGCAGCUCCCGGCCAGGGGACUCCAGGAAUGUCUGGUCCGGGUUUACAUCAUCCGCGCCUUCGACCUCCAGCCAAAGGAUUCCAAUGGAAAGUGUGAUCCCUAUGUGAAGAUUUCCGUGGGAAAGAAAUCCAUAAAUGACCAGGAAAAUUAUCUUCCCUGCACUCUGGAGCCUGUCUUUGGGAAGAUGUUUGAGCUGAGCUGCACCCUGCCCCUGGAGAAGGACCUCAAGGUAACCCUCUACGACUACGACCUCCUGUCCAAGGACGAGAAGAUCGGCGAGACCGUCAUCGACCUGGAGAAUCGUUUCCUGUCCAAAUAUGGCGCUCGCUGCGGCCUCCCCCAGACCUACUGUGUCUCCGGCCCCAACCAGUGGCGAGACCAACUCCGCCCUUCCCAGCUGCUCCACCUCUUCUCCCUGCAGCACAACUACAAAGCUCCCACCUACAAAUCUGACCGGAUCAUCUUCCGGGAUCAGGAAUACGUCCUCUCCGAGCUGGAGGAUGGAAAACCCCCGAAUCCACACCUGGGCCCGGUGGAGGAGCGGCUCGCCCUGGCUGCCCUCCGAAAGCAGGGAUUGGUUCCGGAGCACGUGGAGACCCGGCGCCUUUACAGCCCGCUCCAGCCAGACAUCGAGCAGGGAAAGCUCCAGAUGUGGGUGGAUCUGUUUCCCAAAUCCCUGGGACAUCCCGGCCCCCCUUUCAAUGUCACUCCACGCAAAGCCAAGAGGUUCUACCUGCGCUGCAUCGUUUGGAACACCAAGGAUGUGAUCCUGGAUGACCUCAGCAUCACCGGGGAGAAGAUGAGCGACAUCUACGUCAAAGGGUGGCUGGUGGGACACGAGGAGAACAAGCAGAAGACGGAUGUCCACUACAGAUCCAUGGGAGGAGAAGGGAAUUUCAACUGGAGAUUCAUCUUUCCCUUCGAUUAUCUCCCGGCGGAGCAGAUGUGCCAUGUGGCCAAGAAGGAACACUUCUGGAGCUUGGACAAGACAGAAAACAAGAUCCCACCCCAGCUGAUCCUCCAGAUCUGGGACAAUGACAAGUUCUCCUUCGAUGACUAUUUGGGAUCCAUCCAGAUGGAUCUCAACAGGAUGCCCAAGCCUGCCAAGACGGCGGAAAAGUGUUCCUUGGAUCUUGUGGAUAAUUCCCUGUCCUCCGGCCGCUUUGUGUCCCUCUUCGAGCAGAAAACCGUCAAGGGCUGGUGGCCCUGUGUGGCCGAGCAGAACCAGCAGAAGAUCCUGGCGGGCAAGCUGGAGAUGACUUUGGAAAUCGUGGCCGAGCAGGAGCACGAGGAGCGUCCGGCCGGGAUGGGUCGGGAUGAGCCCAACAUGAACCCCAGGCUGGAGGAUCCCAAGCGUCCCGAGACCUCCUUCCUGUGGUUCACGUCCCCAUACAAGACCCUGAAGUUCAUCCUGUGGCGCCGCUACAAGUGGGUGCUGAUCCUGGCCAUCCUCCUCUUCAUCCUGCUGCUUUUCCUGGGAAUCUUCGUCUACGCCUUCCCGAACUACGCUGCUAUGAAACUGGUGAAACCUUUCAACUGAAGCUGCUCCCGUGCCUGCCUAGGAAUUUUGGGAAGGAAUUUUGGAAGUGGAGAAGGAGCAACCUCAUCCAGGCCUCCAGCUGCUGCCAAAGACUCCGCUUCCCUUUGGAAUUCCACCUGGGAAGCGUCACCUAACCAAAAUAUUCCUGGUUUUCCAGCCUUCUGUGUUUUGUUUGAGUUUUCCUGCUGCUCUGGUUGGUAAAUCCCAAAUUCCAGUGAAAAUCCGAGGAGGGAGCAGGGAAAGGACCUUUCCAUCCAGAAGUUGAGAAUGUGCAGAGGGUCCUCAGGGCAAGAUUUGGGAUUUGCCGACCUGAGCAAUUCCCACUGAUUCCAAGCACUUUUCACUCCCUGAUCCAGCGUCAGUUUCCCUUUUCCCUGUGUUUUCCCAUUUAUGUAUUGUAAACCUGUGGAAAAUGUGUUGGAAAACCGGAAUCCCUGGGAUGACACGUCGCAUUCCCAAAGCUGAAAUAAUGGGAGUGGGAAAGGUUGUGGUGCAAAACCUGGGAUUUGGAGUUGGUGCUCCACAAAAUCCCAAUUUCUCUUGGAUUUUGAGGCCUUUGCACUCCUUCAUGGAAUUCUGGAGCUGGUUUUCCCUUGGAGCUGCUCCACAAUCCCACAGGUCUCCCAUUCCAGCUGGGAGAGGAAUCCCAGGAGCAGCUGGGCUUUGAUUUCCUCCUCUCCCGCUGUCUCCUGGCCACUUUUUAUGGGAAUUCUUGGUCUUUUUAGUGUCAGUAUUUGCAGAAUCCCAGAAUCCCUGAGGUUGGAAAAGACCUUUGGGAUCAUCAAGUCCAAGCUGUGCCUGAUCCCCACUGAGUGCCUCAUCCGGGAAUUCCUUGGAAACCUCCAGGGAUGGGGAUUCCAAAGCUCCCUGGGCAUUUCCAAUCCCUGACCACCCUUUCCAUGAGGAAAUUCCUGCUGGUGUCCAACCUGAGCCUCUCCUGGGACAACUUCAGGCAGUUCCCUCUUUUCCUGUUUUUCCCUGGGAUCAGAUCCCAACUCUCACCUGGCUCCAAAUCUUCAGGGAUUUGUGCAGAGCCAGAAGGUCCCUCCUGAUCCUCCUUUUCUCCAGGCUGAGCCUCACUGAUAUUCCUUUAGAAUCAGCCAUUUUUCCCUUGUAUUCCCAAAGAUUCUUAUGGAAAGCAUCCCAACCCAUCCUCGCCGCUGCCAGGCAUUAAUGGAGCGAUAAACCUGUCCUGGGGCAGGAUUUGUUUUCCAAACAAAUCCGUGAUCCACAACCUGCUCAGCCUCUCAUGGAUCCAAUGGGAAUGCUGGGGCAUUCCCUCUUUUGCUGUUCCCUCCUCCUGUCCCUGGAGUGGGAUGAUCCCAUGGGAUGUGGCACUUGGGGAUUUGUGACCUUGGCAGGGUUGGACUUGAGCUCAGAGGUCUUUCCCACCCUGGAUGGUUCCAUAAUUCCAUGAUUCCCAGGGCUUUCCAGUGCUGGGAGGAUGUUAAUCCUCAAAUUCUCAUCCUGCAAGAAAUCUUCUCCCAGUUUCCCACCAGGAAAAUCCCGUUAAUAUCCAGCUGCUCUGGCACCUUUGCUGGUUCGGGAUCUUCCCAUCCUCCCUUCAGCAGGAUGAGAUUUAUCCUUGAUUCCAUGUUUUCCUUGGAGCUGUGGCUGCUCCGAAUGAGCGAGGAACUGGGAAAAGUGAUCCCAAGGGAUCAGUUUCCCAGGAAAAACUGCUGAUGGCAGCUCCUGCCCCACUCUGGCCGGGAUUUUAAAGCUGUGCUUAAAAAAUAGGAAAAAAUAUUUUAGUUCCUUUGUUGGAUGGGGAUGUAAUCCAUGGGGGAUCAAAUCCCGGGACUCUCAUUGGAACAUCUCCCAGAUUGCAUAGGGCAGCUCCUUCUCUGUGUUUUCCGCACGGAAAAUGCACAGCUUUGGGAUUUAUAGGGAUUUUUAGGGAUUUAUAACCCCCUCCCUGCUGCUGAGCUUUGGCUGAUCCGUGGCCCCUUCCCAAAAGUUGGAGCGGAGGAAUUGGCUCCGGAUUUGCACAUCCCAGGGUGGAGGUUUCAUUUUCCGUCGUUAAAUGCUUCGUUUUCCUUCUUUUUUUCCCUAAAAGCCUCCCACCCCAUUCCCACCCCCAUCCCUGUUUAUAGCCACCAUCAAACCACCAGGAUUCACUCCAAUUUUCCAGAGGUUUUAUUAUCCCAAAGGAUCUGAGGAGCCGAGGACAAAAGUUGCUUCUGUUUGGCCCUUGCUGGGAUUGGGAGUUUGGGUUUUAUGGGAAUGUUGGUCCCUGCUCCUUUCCCACCAGGAUCCAGCUGUGCCAGAAGGAGUCUGGAAUUCCCUGAGUGCUCUCCUGGAAUCCACAGUGGGAAUUCAGGUCCAACAUCUCUUGGAUUUGUGGGGAUUCUGAGAUUUCCCAUCCUGAUGUAAUUCCCUGUGAUCCCAACCCAAACAUCUUGGAGCCAAGAGCCCCAAAUGGAUGCAUGAUCCAUGUUGGAAUGCCAAAUGUGGGAUGCUCAUCCCCCAUCCCAUUGGGAAUGCUGCUGUCUAUCCCAGAAAGACAAGGAAUCAAAAUCCAUCCAUGGGUUUGCUUUGGAACUUCCAAGGCCAGCUUGGAUAAGGGAUUGUGGAAUGCCUGGAAUGGGAUGGGCUUGAAAGUUUGGGAUUCGCUCUAGAGACACUUCCAAUGGGAAAUCCUAUUUUAUUCCCAGCAUUCCCUUGGCAAACCUGGGUCAGCAGUGAUGGGAGAGAAGGAUCCAGGGCAUCCCAUUCCAUAAAAACGGGGAUUUCCAGAAGGAAAUCCGUGCUCCCAGUCCAACUUUCAUGCCAAGAGGAUCCUAUGGGAUUCCGGUGGGUAAAUUCAGAUGGGAACAUCUGGAAGAACCAACUCCAUCCCAUUUUUUUUUCCCCUGAACAGCCACAUCCGGCUCCAGGCCUGGUUGUGCCUCCUCCAAAUCCAGGUGGGAGCUGUGGAAAGAAUUCCCUGUGGCUUCCGGUUAUCCAGGGAAUUGGCUGGAAUUUGUUCUGGAUCACCCAUGCCUGCCUUAUCUGCAAUAUGCCCAAAGCACUGUGAUUCCCAAAGAAAUGCUCUGAAACA